AUGUCCGAUACUGAAGGAAAGACCAUCACAUGCAAGGCUGCCAUUGCUUGGGAGGCAGGAAAGCCUUUGACUGUUGAAGACGUCGAGGUUCUUCCUCCUCGUGCCCACGAGGUCCGCAUUAAGAUCGUCUCUACUGGUGUCUGCCACACCGACGCCUACACCCUCUCCGGCAAGGACCCCGAGGGUGCUUUCCCCGUUAUUCUUGGACACGAGGGUGCCGGUAUCGUCGAGAGCAUCGGUGAGGGCGUUACCAAUGUUAAGAAGGGUGAUCAUGUCAUUGCUCUGUACACUGCUGAGUGCCGUGAGUGCAAGUUCUGCAAAUCUGGCAAGACCAAUCUCUGUGGUGCUGUCCGCGCCACCCAAGGCAAGGGUGUUAUGCCCGAUGGUACUUCCCGCUUCCGUGCCCGUGGCCAGGAUAUUCUCCACUUUAUGGGCUGCUCCACCUUCUCCGAGUACACUGUCGUUGCCGAUGUCUCCGUUGUCGCAGUCAACGAGACUGCACCCUUUGACCGCAUCUGCUUGCUUGGCUGUGGUAUUACUACCGGUUAUGGCGCUGCCACCAUUACUGCCAAUAUUCAGGAGGGCGAUAACGUUGCUGUAUUUGGUGCUGGCUGUGUUGGUUUGUCAGUGGUGCAGGGCGCCGCUGCCCGCAAGGCUGGUUCAAUUUACGUCAUUGACAUUGACGACAAGAAGGAAGAGUGGGCCAAGAAUUUUGGUGCCACUCACUUUAUCAACCCUACAAAAGUCAACAGACCAAUCCAGGAAGAGCUGGUCGACGUUACUGAUGGCGGCCUUGAUUACACCUUUGAUUGCACAGGUAAUGUUAAUGUGAUGCGUUCCGCUCUCGAGGCUUGUCACAAGGGUUGGGGUACUUCCAUCAUUAUCGGUGUUGCUGCCGCUGGCGAAGUUAUCCAAACCAGACCAUUCCAACUUGUCACCGGAAGAGUCUGGAAGGGAUGUGCCUUCGGUGGUGUCAAGGGUAGAACUCAGCUUCCUGGAAUUGUUGAGGACUAUUUGGCUGGCAAGAUUAAGGUUGACGAGUUCAUCACCCACAGACAUGACAUCAAUGGCAUCAACCAGGCUUUUGAUGAUAUGCACUCCGGUACCUGCAUUCGCGCUGUCAUCAACUAUUAG